AUGGCAUUUCCAUUCAUGAUCCGCAUCACAGUGUUGUAUUUCGCAGUUGAGAGCUUUCGCAAGCGCAACCUGCCCUUCCGUCAUCCGGAUUUCUCGGAUGACCAGAUCAGGCAGCUCACUGAGAUCGCCCGCUCGUACAAGUCCUCCAGCUCAGUGGCGUCCAAGCGCUCCACCUCACGCCCGCCCUCGGGAUGCUCCUCGCCGAUUCUCUCGCCUACGAUACAGCGACUUCGGGCGGAGGGAUUCCCGCCCUUGGCCAGGUGUGGCUCGGACCCCCUCCUUCAUGGCGCCCCUGCACAGAACGCCAUGAACACAGGAUCCCUCCCCGCCGACCUCGUGCCUGUGUCGACCUCCCCCUCGCCUCCAGGACACGCCCACCACCACAAGCACCGGCGGGACCACAGAGUCAGGGACGCAGCGGCUAGAGUAUCAAAAGAUCCAGCUUGCACUUCACUUUCCUGA